GUAGCACACCACAUAUUUCGAUCCCAGCAUGUCGUUGAGCUUGGACAAGUCGGCAGAUGCAACGUUCCUCCGCUUCGCGGCGCGAUUUUGCGGAGUCAAGACCAGCUCGGCCGCACACGGAGAGAUCCGUUUGAAGGUGGGCAACGUCUUGCUCCAUCAACCCAACACCAUUGUGCGUUACUUUGCCCGCGCCGCGGACCGCGAACUCGAGCUAAUUGGCCAGAACGCGUUGGAGCAAGCCGAGAUUGCGCAUUACAUGGACGUGGCGACGACACUGCGAAGUUCGGACCCCGUCAACCCUGUCAUGCACUGGGAAGCGUUGGACAAGGCACUGGUAUCAAAGGUUUAUCUUGUGGGGAACCGCCCAACUCUCGCGGACGCGUCCAUGUUCUGGAGUCUCUAUGGCGCGUUUCACCAAGCGAAGGCAAGCCUCGCACCGUUCGUGAACCUCCGUCGUUGGUUCAACCAGAUCCAGCACACCGUUGGCGUCUGUGGGUUCCCCGACGUCGAUGUCGUCGCGAUCCCCGUGCCUACGCACGUGCUGCUCGUGUAAUUCGAUUGUUCCUCCACUCUGUUUCUUGUACGUUUUACAACCUGCAGCAAUCCUCGUCAUCCUCGUCGUCGUCGGUGACCCUUGCGAGAGCUUGCCGCAGCUGAGCGGCGAGAGUUACGUGCACCUCCUCCUUGUACCGGAUUGCGUACACGCGCAUGUGGCGGAGAAUCUGGCGCCGCCGUUCCCAUGGAAUUCGGCACACACACACGGCGAAGAUGGAUCCAUUGGCAGCAAAAACGCGGCGGGCGGCCGCGCUGCACCCUUCUGGAGGGCUCCACAUGACUUGGUGGGUGGUGUCGUUGUAAAAGCAGGACGCGUCAUCUCCGUCCGGCGGGAGUUCUUUCCAUGGCGGUGGCAGCGGUGGAACCAAAUUCGGUCGCAGGAAUGCACGGCACCGAGGGCACAGCAUGUGACUGAACUUUUCCUCGUCGGAGAAGAGGAAGUGGAGGGGGUUGGCGACGGGCUCGCUUGACCACACGCGAUUCAUGCACGUGGACGCCGGCCGCACCGCUUGUAUCGCAUUCGGGAAAAUUGGUUGAAAU